AUGAAAAUCUUAUAUUCCCUGAGGAGGUUCUACCACGUGGAAACGCUCUUUAAUGGAACUUUCGUUUUAGCUGGUCGUGACCAAGAAACCACCGGGUUUGCUUGGUGGGCUGGGAAUGCUAGACUUAUCAAUUUGUCCGGUAAACUACUUGGCGCCCACGUAGCCCAUGCCGGAUUAAUCGUAUUCUGGGCCGGAGCAAUGAACCUAUUUGAAGUGGCCCAUUUCGUGCCAGAAAAGCCCAUGUAUGAACAAGGGUUGAUUUUACUUCCACACUUAGCUACCCUAGGUUGGGGAGUCGGGCCAGGGGGAGAAGUUCUCGAUACUUUUCCGUACUUUGUAUCUGGAGUACUUCACCUAAUUUCCUCCGCAGUCUUAGGCUUCGGUGGCAUUUAUCACGCGCUUCUGGGACCCGAGACUCUUGAGGAAUCUUUUCCAUUCUUUGGUUAUGUAUGGAAAGAUAGAAAUAAAAUGACUACAAUUUUGGGUAUUCAUUUAAUUUUGUUAGGUCUAGGUGCUUUUCUUCUAGUACUCAAGGCUCUUUAUUUUGGCGGUGUAUAUGAUACCUGGGCCCCCGGGGGGGGGGAUGUAAGAAAAAUAACCAACUUGACCCUUAGCCCCGGUGUUAUAUUUGGUUAUUUACUAAAAUCCCCUUUUGGGGGAGAAGGCUGGAUUGUUAGUGUGGAUGAUUUAGAAGAUAUAAUUGGUGGACAUGUAUGGUUGGGUUUCAUUUGUGUAUUUGGCGGAAUUUGGCAUAUCUUAACCAAACCUUUCGCAUGGGCUCGCCGUGCAUUUGUAUGGUCUGGAGAAGCUUACUUGUCUUAUAGUUUAGCUGCUUUAUCUGUCUUUGGUUUUAUCGCUUGUUGUUUUGUCUGGUUCAAUAAUACGGCUUAUCCGAGUGAGUUUUAUGGACCCACCGGCCCAGAAGCUUCUCAAGCUCAAGCAUUUACUUUUCUAGUUAGAGACCAGCGUCUUGGAGCUAAUGUGGGAUCUGCUCAAGGACCCACAGGUUUAGGUAAAUAUCUAAUGCGUUCCCCAACGGGAGAGGUUAUCUUUGGAGGGGAAACUAUGCGUUUUUGGGACCUCCGUGCUCCAUGGUUAGAACCUCUAAGGGGGCCCAACGGUUUGGACUUGAGUAGGUUGAAAAAAGACAUACAACCUUGGCAAGAACGACGUUCAGCGGAAUAUAUGACCCAUGCUCCUUUAGGCUCUUUAAAUUCCGUGGGUGGCGUAGCUACCGAGAUCAAUGCAGUUAAUUAUGUCUCUCCUAGAAGUUGGUUAUCGACUUCUCAUUUUGUUCUAGGAUUCUUCUUUUUUGUGGGCCAUUUGUGGCAUGCAGGAAGAGCCCGAGCUGCUGCAGCAGGUUUUGAAAAGGGAAUCGAUCGUGAUUUAGAACCUGUUCUUUACAUGAACCCUCUUAACUAA